AUGCAAAACGGUCUACUAAAAAGCAUAGCAUCCGCUAAUUUAAAAGCAGCUGUGGUGAACUCCUUGGAGAUUGGGAUGGUGUUGGUGGUGGGUGGAUACGAAUGUCAGCUGAUAGCCCUGCUUUCUGACCAAUCCGAGACCAGAGUUCCUCCCAUUGAGCCGCAGCCGACUGUAUUGGCACCUAAAUUGCCGAAAUCACUUAAAACUUGGGCGCACAAUCCAGAGGGCCUAGAAGUUACUGACGUUUUUCUCAGCGGACGUCUGGCCACAAGGCUCCACGCCUAUCAGUUGCAGGGAAUUCGAUUUCUCUACGAAUGUGUCCUUGGAUAUCGGAAAGCAGAAACCCAGGAUGCCUUUGAAUUGCACGAGGAGGAUAUAUAUGGUGGCAUUUUAGCAGAUGAAAUGGGCCUAGGGAAGACGGUGCAGGUGAUUGGAUUGCUGGCAGUUUUGUUGAAACAGGGCCCCUAUGGUGGCAGACCCGUGGUGCGGCGCUGUCUGAUUGUCACGCCAGGCAGUCUUGUUGGGAAAGAAUUUAACAAGUGGACAAACCGUGUGAACAUCACUACUUAUUGCGUCAGUCAGGAUAACCCAAUUAAGGCCUACUUCUCACAGAUGCGACCUCCUCCUGUAAUCAUUAUGUCCUACGAAAUGCUCAUUCAGAACUCCUCUCGCAUGACCGAACUGGCGAAUCUGGACCUGGUGGUUUGCGAUGAGGGUCACCGUUUGAAGAAUCUAGGAAUCAAAACCACAGCGGUUCUUAAGAAGUUGCCGGCUCGUCGACGAAUCAUCCUCACCGGAACGCCGAUUCAGAACGACCUCACGGAGUUCUGGUCUCUAGCCGAAUUCGUCGCUCCUGGCUGCCUGGCCGCCAGCCGAGAGGAGUACCGUGAGCGCAUAGUGAACCCUCUUUCCAGAUCUCCGCAUCCCACUGAACUCUUUCAGACCAUCGCCACCACUGAUGGACAAGUCUCCGAAGUAGAAACGACUGAGGUUGUGGAGGCAGCUCAGCGCUUGAAGAGGGCUCUGGGAAUUUUCCUGCUGCGACGAACGUCUGAUGUUAUUUCGCGCCGACUACCAAGCAAAGUUGAACAAAUAGUCUUUUGCGAGGCCUCGGAUAUCCAGCGCGAACUGCAGGCUGUCAUGCUUAAAUGGGUGGAAUGUCAGCUGGAAAACGAAGAAAACAAUGUGGACUUUGGGAAACCCCCCGCAUUUCUUGAAAUUGACGAAGAUUCGCUCGACACGCCUCAUCCAGCCGAUGAAGCUGAUGAUUACGAUGAUGCAGGCGUGGGCGGUGCUGGCGUACUGGCUUGUAUAAUGGCCUUCAGGAAGAUCUACAAUCAUCCAUCUCUGCUGUUCGAGGCUCUGAAGCAGCCGCAUUCCCGGAAGCAGUCCCUCCCCAGUGGCCUAGUGGGAAGUCUGCGUGACCUCCUCCACCAGCGACUCCCUCCGACCGAGAGGAGCGCCUGUUCAGCUUCUGUGUGUCGAACCUCAGGAAAGCUGGCGGUUCUCCAGAGCCUGCUGGCUGGAAUCUUUCGGAUGCCCCCUGACCCCAUUUCGCGCGGUGGCAGCCAUCGCCUCGUUCUCGUCUCCAAUUUUACCCAGACUCUGGAUCUCCUGGAACCGAUCUGCCAGAACGUGACGAUGGCACCUUGUUUACGCAUCGAUGGUAAGACUCCGACCAAGCAACGCAUCCAAAUCGUCGACCGCUUCAAUUCCCCCACAUGCGUCGAAAAAGUCCUCUUGCUCAGCUCGAAAGCCGGUGGCACGGGAUUGAACCUUAUCGGAGCCGAUUACCUGGUGCUCUUCGACAUUGACUGGAAUCCUGCCACUGACGAACAGGCGUUAGCGCGCAUUUGGCGCGAGGGACAGAAGCGGCAGGUCCACCUCAUUCGCUUGGUCACCGCCAACACGCUGGAGGAGCGCAUACUCCAGCGCCAGAUCGCCAAGUCGUCUCUGGCCAACACGGCCAUGUCUCCCGUCUCGUCUUCCAACAAGCGGACCGCCUCGCUUACCCUAGAUGAGCUUCGUGAACUGUUCCAGCCGUCACCCUGCGAAACCACCUGCUGGACCCACGACCUCCUGGGCUGUCGCUGCCAUCUUCCCAAUGUGGACAACGACUGUCACCAAAGUGCUCCGUACUCCCAUGCCAGCAGUGACGAUGAAGAGGACUUGCGCACUUUCCAGAUCGGAAGACCACGCAAGCGCCCGAAGACGGGCAGCGCGUCGCCAAUCAAUGCGGCUCCGUGUUCAGCCAGAGGCCUCGGUCAGAUUAGCACCUGGAGGCAUCUUCUGACACCCGAAUCCAUCAGCUCCGCCUCGCCCCUGCUUGUCUCCAGUAAAAUUAGAGCAGUCUUUCAGCACAUCACAACGUCUGACAUGACCUAG